UUUACUCUUUCUCAGACCACUUCGUAGUUGCAGCUCUCAUCACCCCACCUUUUCAACAAUCAAGAAUCUUUAUCGUCAUUAUGUUUCCACGAUAAAAAUUUUAAGGAGACACCGGCUAAGACGUCACACAGGCACAGCAAGGAAGCGGACGUAUGUGAUGUAGUUUGUGUUUGCAGCUAGGAGUGGAAAGGUGCUGCUGAGUGAUGAGAGUCUGUUCAUCAUGAAGGUCCUGCUGCUGCUGCUGCUCCUCACAGUGUCAGGAUGUGACAACGUCAGCGUUGUUGGUCAGACAGGUCAGGAUGUGACUCUGAGAUGUAGAUAUGAUAUAAAAGCCAAGAGAGCAUCAGGUGUUUGCUGGGGUCGAGGGGAGUUACCGAAUAGAGGCUGCAGCAAUCAGCUCAUUGGUACAGGUGACUUUAAAGUUAGAGAAGAGACCAGAGUUUCCAGCAGGUAUCAGCUACUGGGUCGACUGGAUGAAGGAGACGUUUCUCUGACCAUCCAGAACCUCAGAGAGGAAGAUGCUGGAAGAUACGCAUGCAGAGUGGGGAUACCUGGACUGUUCAAUGAUGAGAAACAUCAUGUUGACUUGACUGUUGAGAGAGGUCUGCCUCCAUCACCUCCACCAGAGACACAGACGCCCACAGAGAGACCAGAUUCUGCUGGGACCACAGCAGAUCUCAUGACCACAGAGAACCUCCUGACUUCCUGCACUGACAGCAGCACCACAGCUGAGCGUCAGCAGGAAGGCAGCAAUCUGGUGGUGGUUCUGGUGUGUGUUCUGUUCCUCUUCGUGGUUCUGGUCACUACAGGCGUGCUCUUCAUUAUGGGACCUGCAGACCUGGCAGUCAUUGAGUCGACCAUGACCACGUGUGUUUAUCAGCGGGUUCCAGAGUCACAUGUUGGUCUAUCUGUCCAGCAGCUGAAGACAAAAACAACUACUGAGACCCGUUACUGCUGAAGGUGGUUCUACAAGCUUCUGGCUCAUGGUUUGGGUUCAGCCAGAAGAUGGAGGCAGCUCCAACGGGGAGUGUCUUGAUGUCUCUACAUCUGGCUGAAUGAUUUCAGCUGGAGCUUUUUUAAAAGUCCGAAUAGUUCUGCUGUUAAGAAGCUGGUAGUUCGUUAACUCUCUGCUGAUGAUUCAUUUCUCGGCUGCAUUAGUUUCUCCUCCUCCUCAUCAGAAAACCAUUAUGUCAGCCCAGCGCUCAUCCCAGGAACCUCGGCCCGGGCUGCAGUCUUUUGCAGGUCUUCAGCUCCACCAGAACCUUCUCAUCAGCAGAGCUGUUGUCUCUGUUGGCACACCUUUUCUCACCUUUUCAGCUCUGCAGAAUCAGGACCGGUUAUAGAGGGAAGAGGAAAAACCAAUCCAAGGAAGAGCAUCCCACAAGGCGUCUUUAAGGGAUUCUACCUCUCAUUCAAGGCCCAGACAGUCUGUGCAUUCAUGCAGGGUUUCCUGCUCCAGCAGAAAAUAUAUUUACUGUCCCUCUGAAACUUUUUGUCUGUACCAGCCAGAGAGGAUGAUCAGAGAAAGGACCUGGGCGGGUUCUGCUUGUCCUGUCUCUAUGAGGCUGACAAAGGAAGAUUGGUAGCAGGAGUUAUCUCACAGCUAUGAGAUAAAAUCAACAAUGGAUCAAAUCUGACAUAUGGAUGACACACUAUCACAGCUCUGCAUUUAGAUUAACUCUUUUUAGGACAUGCCCUGGAGGAGGAGCCCCUGGAUCCUACAAAGCCUUCCUCCCAGCUGGAAACCCAUCUCUUUCCCUGAGGUCUACCACAAGGGCUGCUUUGGGGGAAAGCCAUGUGAACGUCUGAUUUCUUGGCAGGCGGACACAGAUAAUUUAACUUGAAGUUGAAUUAUUUAUGUCAGUAAAUUAUUAUAUUAGAAGAGAAGUGAUCAGUAAUUUAUUCCACGUGUGCAGAGUUUGCUGUCAGAGAACGGCAGCGCUUUAAUCUAUUGUACUGAUAUCAAACCACGUUGGGCUGAUAUUCACAGGACUGAAAGUUAUUUCAUUAAACAAUAAAUUAAAUAAACGUAUGUAAUUGCACAAGACAGGAAAGAGCAAGUGAUUGGUGGCUGAAGUCCAGUGUGCAAACUGUUAAUAUUCUGUCUUUUAAAACUUCUUUUCAUCUUUCUUUUAUUUUCUAUAUAAAAAUACACACACACACAAACACAAAAUAACUACGCUUUAAAAAAAGUUUUAAAACUUGCAGUAAAAGUUGCUCAGAUUUGAAUCUUUAAUUUAUUUCUCAAGAUAUAUUUUUUGAGCAGUUCACACAAUAACAUCAGAUCAGGUUUUGCAAUAUCAAAUUAUUGCUCCAAUUUUAUAUUUUACCAACAAGCUAAACAUAAACAUGGUAAAUCACACAAUCAGAAGUUAGGAUGUGCAAAACCUCCCUCCUUUUUAGAUUUGCAAAUAUGUUUCAAUGUGUUUUAUUGCACCAUAUUAAAAGUUAAGUGAGUUUAAUUAGAAAUACAUGAUUUAGGCAUAAUAACUGGAAAGGUUGUUUUUUUUUAAAUACCUGGCAAAUAAAGCUAAUUCUGAUUUUGAUUCUGGUAAGUGCAUCUGCAACUUGACCUGGAAGUGCAUUAAAAGUUUGUUAAAAAAUAAAAAAGGUGCGCCUACCCGUCUUGCAA